UGUUAUGAAAUUUCUUUUAAAUGAUGUGUAAAUAUAUUUCUAUCUAAUUUUUACGGUCUUUAUGAUGAUUUCCGAAUUUUUAUUAUUUAUAUACUUUAAUUUUAUAUUUCCCUUGUUUUGGAUUUUUUAGUAUUGUUUCAAGGUACAAAUAAGUUUACUCAUUAUCCAUCUUAGACAUGUAUUUUUCCAUCUUUUGUAGAAUUAGAUGAUGUUUAUAACUCCUGUACUUUUUACUGAUUUUCAUUUGUUUUAGCAACCUUCCUUUUUGGGGGCCAUCCAGAGCUCAAGCUGAGAUUCUGAACAUUGGUUUUACCUGAAAAACCCUGAAAGAAGAAAGACUCGUCUUAAUUUGGUUUAUUCUAUCUGGUUCUUCAGUGAAAUUCCUGGUGUUUUCUCUGUUCUACCAGAAAAAUUGGAAAAAUAUUAUAGAUUUAAGUCUUGGUUUCUUGUUAUAAUUUAUGCUAUGUUGUUUAAAGUGUUGAAUUUUCUGGCAUUGCACUUUAUUUUAAAAGAUUCAUGGAAUAUUUCAGUUUCUCUCUGUAGUAUGAUUUUAUGUCUUAACAUAGAAUGUUAGGACAUGGUUUUUAUUCUUACACUCAUGUUAAUUAUUUCUAUUUUUAGGAAGAGUAAUGUAAUAAUCAUGAAGAGCUUGUUCUUGGUAAACCACUCCUUAUUUCUUUUUAAGUCUAAUUUAUUAUUUGUUUUCUUUUUGUGUAUAUCAUAUUAAUUUCCUAUGAUUUAGAGAGUGUUGUAAAGAAGUAUAGUCAUGCCCAAGCGAAUAUCGAAGAGUUGGUUAGUCUUGGUUGCGUGGUAUUACAUGGCAUUGAUGCAACGAAAAUAGUUCACAAUAGCAUGUUGAAGGAGCAAUUUUUUGAUAGAAUCGUGUUCAACUUCCCUCAUGCUGGUUUCCAUGGAAAAGAAGAUGAAAACUGGGUCGUCAACCAUCAGACACUCCAUGCCCGCAACACCCGCUCUGGAGGUUUACAGACAGAGAAUAAGUGGGUUGUUGUUGCAAUGGAAGGAGAGACGAGAGUUGCAGAUGUGAAGAAAAUAAAGCAUUAUUGGAGCUCCCACAAGAUUCUUCUAGUGGGAGAAGGGGACUUCUCAUUUUCACUCUCCUUGGCAAGAGCUUUUGGCUCUGGAGCUAAUAUGGUUGCAACUUCUCAUGAUACCAGAGAAAUGUUGGAAACGAAGCAUGAAACAGCAGUUGGUAAUGUUGAGGAGAUAGAGAAGUUGGGGUGCCUGGUUUUGCAUGGAAUCGACGCAUCUGAGAUGAGCGAGAAUGAGGUCUUAAAGCCAAUGAAGUUUGAUCGAAUUGUGUUCAACUUCCCUCAUGCUGGCUAUCACACUAGGUGGGAGCAUCAAAAGUACCAAAUCAAGCUUCACAGGCGAGUGGUGAAGGGGUUCUUUAAGAAUGCAGGGCUCAUGCUUGAGAAAAAUGGAGAAACCCAUAUCACCCACAAAAUUGCAUACCCCUUUUGCAAGUGGAAGGUAGAGAAACUAGCUCAGAAAAGUGGUUUAAUCUUGAAGGAAGAAUGCAUUUUCUCAAGAGAAGAUUAUCCCGGUUACAUCAACAAGAGAGGGGAUGGAAGGAGAAGUAAUGGAACUUUUCCAGUUGGAAAAUGUUCCACUUUCAAAUUCAAGAUUGCUAAUGAAGAUUGGAUGAAAAACUGAGCACUGGAAAGUGUUUUUAAAGAGAUGAAAUCAAAGUGUGCUUUGUUAAGGCAUAUAGAGUUAUAGACCUUCAAGUUUGAGUUCAUCACAGCCUUGAUAUUCUGGUAAAAGUAGUUACUAGGUAUGUUCUGAGGUAGGGAUCAUGGAAUAUAAUUG